GCCCAUGGACACACUGUGCUGCGACUUCCACCAUACAACUGUGACUUAAAUCCAAUUGAAAUGGCGUGGGCAAAGCUCAAGAAUUUCGUCAGAGGAAGAAAUAUUCUUGGAGAUAUUUGCAUGACGAAGUUGCUGCAGUUGGUGAAAGAAGGUUUUGAAACGAUAAGUCAAGAUGACUGGAGUGCAUACUGCCUCCAUGUGGAGAAACUUGAAAGAGAAUAUUGGGUUAAGGAUGGGGUUAUGGAAGACAUAAUAGACGCUAUAGUUAUUAAUUUAGAAAGUGAUGACGACGAGGACGACGACGACGACGACGACGACGACAGUAAUGAUAGUGACAAUGUUGAUGAUGACCUCUAA